AUGGCGACGGAGGAAUUCCAAAGCCCUCAAAACCAUAAAAAUGUUGUUCACAGAGACAUCAUCAUCAGUCCUAGGUUCAGAUCUGUGGCUGCGAUGGCUGGUUGGGAUGAAGAAGCCUUAUUAGCAGCAUCAGUAGAAGAUACACCAGAAAGAGAAUCAUCAAAACGUCAGAAACGAACCAAUUUAGCAUCAAAAUCUCCGCAAACUAAUUCAAGAAGUAUUACAGGAAACACAGGAUUCAAAGAUAUACUGCUGUUAAUGUUGAAGCAAGAGUUACACGCUAUGACGGGCCCGUUGCUGGCAAAGGGAAGAAUUAUCUGUGCUAUUUGCUUGGAGAUUUGCUUUGAACCAAGUACUACUCCUUGUGGUCACAGUUUUUGCAAGAAAUGUUUGAAAUCUGCAGCGGAUAAAUGCCGUAAAAAGUGCCCGAAAUGCAGACAACUGAUUGGAAAUGGAAGGUCUUGUAUUGUGAAUACAAGUGUUUGGAACACAAUACAGCUUUUGUUUCCACGAGAAGUAGAAGCAAGGAAAGCUGUUGCACCCAAAAACAGUCGAGGAGUCAAGGAUCAGAGUACUUUAGGAGAGGAUUCUAUUUCAAGAAGUCGAAGUGGUAGGACUAAUUCAAUGGUGAUGAUGACAGAUCGGAGUAACAUUAGAGUGAGUUCUAGUUCAAGAAAUCAAAGUGGUAGGUCUGAUUUUAUGGGGAUGAAUAGAGAGGAUUCAGUAAGAUUGAGCAGCUCAGAGAGGAUGAGAAGUAAUAUCAGAGUGAGUUCUAGUUCAAGAAAUCAAAGUGGUAGGUCUGAUUUUAUGGGGAUGAAUAGAGAGGAUUCAGUAAGUUUGAGCAGCUCAGAGAGGAUUAGAGGAGCUAGGCCUAAUCAAGCCGAGGAUGCUGCAUUAGCUUUGAGGUUACAAAGAGAAGAGUUUAUGGUGGCUUUUAGGGCCGCAGAUGAGCCUCAGCAAUCAGCCUCAAGUACCAGCAGAAGCCUUAACUGCCAGAGCAAACCUUAGAGCAAUGGCUUCAAGAGCUAUUGACAUCCGUCUUGGAAGAAGACUGACUUGGUUCUUUUGAAUUUAAUCUUCUGAGAUUGUAGUAUUUCAUGCUGAAAACUUAUUGUUCAUUUGUACGUAAUAUUUGAUCAAGCAACCAUGGUGGUCGUUUAUUUA